AUGCUUGCUGCAGCUUAUGACUCUUGCUGCAACCUUCUUUUCACACUUCAUGCGCUGAGCGUUUCGUUUGCUCUAUUCGCCGAGUCGAUCCCCGACCCAUCAUUACGUGCGCCGUACCUAUCUACCCUGCAUCAAUCUGACCCAAGUACCUCAUACAGGCCACCCGAAACAAAACCUUCUCUCUCUACACAUCCUUCACAUAUAGGAUAUUUAACGAUAUCCUCGCCACUGGUUCAAUCCGUUACGCUACCAGAUUCGGCGUUGUCGGAGUCUCAGCUGGACGGCACAACACCUCGAGCAGCCACUUUCCCCAAAGUCGAAGCCCUGGCUGCCUCCGCGUCUACCCCGAAUCUUGACAGCACUCUACGUGCCCCUACAAACGGAUCAGAUAGACGAUCCCCCUCGCCAGUUGGCAGAUUAAAGCAAGCUUUCACGCCGAAGCGGGCUUCGAGUCCAAAUACAAGUCCAGAGCGGAAACCAGGAGGGGGAGGGGGAGCUGGCCCUUUGAAGGAGAAGUCUGCGGGGGAUAGCAGGCGGGGGAGCGUUGCGUCAAGAAUCGGGUCAAUAUUUCCAGAAAGACAGACCGCGUCACAGCCAGUGUCUUCAACAAGCUCCCCCGAGCGACCACGAACUGGGAAGAUCCAAACGCUCGACACGAGUGCUCCACCUAGCACACCCCCACCUGGCGAAAACAUAGCUCCCAUCAUUGUCAAUACACCUCCUACUCCUACAGACCCCAGCGCUCCUCGAAUCACUGCAGCUCGGGAACGGGGAACUUCAGAUCCGAUCGUUUCUAAUGCCAACGUCGUAGUUUCCCCGACUGGGAACAUGAUAUCGCAUCGCCGAAUUCGGUCAGGAUCAGCUUCAUUAGGGCCUAGCAAGCUGUCGAACAUCACAACUGCACCUUUGACACCAACGCUCGAGAGUGGUCCAAACACCCCAGGAACAGGAUUCUUCUCGUCAGUGUUUUCCGCAGCUCAGAACGCCGCAAAUACAUUGAGCAAUAGCAUUGCCAAUACAUCCGUGGCUCCUGGAAAUCGAAGUAAGAGUGGGACACAAGAGAUCAAGGAAGUGGAAAGUCCAGUCGUGGAAACAUUUGCCGAGAAAACGGAUUCAGAAGCCCCUACGGAAGAAAAGGAGCUUGCUGUAAAGACACUGGGUAUGGGUGAUCUCAGCUUGAGUGCCCUGGGCAUAUCUGAGAAUAGUAGUGGCUCCAAUACGCCCUUGGGACUCAAAUUCCCUGAGGAGGUGCGCGGCAGAUCCGAGUCCCAAGUUGAAGACCGGCCUGCUCUGGCCCCAGUUGCCAAUGGCGAGCUUGUAGAUAUCUCUUCCGUGGCAGCUGUGGAUGACCUUCAGCCGCUUAUUCGACCUCGGUCUAUGUAUGAGCCUGGAACUGGAGGAGAUCAGACCCCACCAAAUGGAAGUGUUUUCGAGGGAAAGACUGGUCUUCAGCGCAGUGGGAGCAUUCGUAGCGCCAUUGGGAAUCGCCGCAAAAGAAACAGCUCAGCAGCGACCGGGACCACUAUUGGAGCGGCAAUUGCUGCAGCAAACAGCUCUCUCGGGAAUCCCACUGCAGGAACGCAAAAAAUUACAGGCUUCGCAGUUGCCAGCAAGAAGCGAAAUCGAGACUUCCAUCAACUUUUCAGGAGCGUGCCUGACGAUGACUAUCUGAUUGAGGACUACAGCUGUGCCUUACAACGAGAGAUCCUUGCACAUGGACGUCUGUACGUCUCGGAAGGCCAUCUCUGCUUUAGCAGUAACAUUUUCGGAUGGGUGACAACCCUGGUGAUGAGUUUUGAUGAAAUUGUUUCGGUCGAGAAACGAAGCACGGCGCUGUUAUUCAAGAACGGAUUGAUGAUAUCCACUUUGCAUGCAAAGAACAUUUUUGCUAGUUUUACAAGUCGAGAUUCGACUUAUGAUCUGAUUGUUGGGAUCUGGAAGUUGGGACACCCAAGCCUUCGAAGUUCACUGAAUGGUGUCAGGAUAGAGGAGACCGGUGGUGGAGACAAGACCGAGAAAGAUGAUGGAAAUCCUGCAGCCGGGAGUCAAAGUGGUUCAGAUUCCGAUAGCGAUGAUGGAGAAGAAGGGGAUGAUGUAUAUGACGAGGAUGAGGAAGAAGAAGAUGGGAUGAGUUUUACCCAAGCUGAAGGGAGUGUUGCAGGUAGUGAUGUUGGGGAAAAAGUCGUCAGUCGAAAACCGUCUGCUGCUGUUGUCACGAAUGGUGCUCCAGCUGAGAAGAGCAAAGAGGAAGGUCCAACGAGUCCUGGAACUGACUUCCCUGGCCCUGCAACUCACCCACCGACCGAAUGUACGGACCAGGAAACUCAUUACGCCAAGGUUAUUGGUGAUGAAAUCAUCCAAGCUCCGCUAGGAAAGAUCUACAGCCUUAUGUUUGGACCGGCUUCGGUUACAUGGAUGCGAAACUGGUUGACAGUCGAGCAAAAGUGCUUAGAGUUGACGAUGGAGGACUCAUCGAAGAAACCGCUUGGGCUGGACAACAAAGUCCGAUACUAUUCAUACAUCAAACCGUUGAAUGGUUCCAUUGGGCCCAAACAAACCAAAUGUGUCUGUACCGAGACUCUGGAUUCGUUAGACUUGGAAAAGGCUGUGUCGGUCUCAAUUUCUACACAAACUCCUGAUGUGCCGAGCGGAAAUGUCUUCAGCACCAAGACGAAAUAUUGUCUGUCAUGGGCCGAAGGAAAUGCUACAAGAAUACAAAUGAACUGUGCCAUCGAGUGGACUGGCAAAAGCUGGCUGAAAGGUCCCAUUGAGAAGGGAGCAAACGAUGGCCAAGUUCAGUAUGCAAAGGAUAUUAUUGCAGCCUUGAAGACCGCUGUAUCGUCUCGUCGUGGUACGCUGGUUCCUGCAUCAGGCAAGAAGGGUAAGAAAGGACGCAAGGGCCGCGAGUCGAAGAGCAUCUCCAAGACAACAGAUGGCGCUGCAGAUUCCAAACCUACCGCUGAUGAUUGGGGUAUGCUGGAGCCAUUACAUGCUAUCCUGGGCCCUGUCAUCAGUAUUCUUCAACCACUGCUCACUGGCAACAUAUUAUAUGGGCUCUUAGUUGGCCUACUCGUAGCCAGCUGGUUCCGUUUUGGCUUCAAAGGAGGCAGCUCAAACGUCAACCAACCAAUGUCAUAUUACGCCACACCAGACAGGAUCGCCGCCUAUGAAGAGAUCUGGCGGCGAGAGGAGAGCGAACUCUGGGAAUGGUUGGAGGAUCGAGUUGGGAUGGACCGUCUCAGGGAUCCGACGCGGAUGCCUAUGGAAUCUCGAGCCAUGCAGGAUAAGCUGAAGGACGAGAGGAUGGAAGAUCGCGAGAUCGAUGACGCUAUUCGCGUCACCGAGGAGAAGCUGAAAGUUCUUAAAGCUACGAUGGAGAAGAGGAAGGCUGCUAGCGACAAGGGAAAGAGUAAGCUGAAGAAGGAAGAGAAGCCGGUGGAUGAUAUGGGUGCGGGGGCAGGGGAAGGUGCAUAG